UUGUCUUUUGAAGCGAAGCUCCUCCUCUGACCAUCGCAAAUCUGUGUCUGUGAGAGAUGAGCUGGGGCAGAAAGCCGUCCGGACCGUGUGACUGAAGAGCAAAAUCCAGAACCAUCCCAGGCCAGCUUCAGUGUCGGUUCGGCGAUGGCCGCGGCUGUGGAGAGAGGAGGGGUCCGGGCCGCCUUCAUGAACCCGGCUGUCGGUGCUCCCGCUCCCGUACCCGUUACCGCUGCGCUCGGAGGAUCUUCCAUGGCCGGAGCCGCGGGUUCUGGCUCGGGUUCGGCGGGUUCCGGUCCGGUCAUGCCCGUGCCCAUGAAUCUGUUUGCAACGUGGGAAAUAGACCGUUCAUCUCCAAGCUGUGUUCCGAGGUUGUGUAGUCUGACGCUAAAGAAGUUAAUUGUUCUGAAAGAGUUGGAUCGUGAGCUCAGCUCUGUGGUUAUCGCUGUCAAGAUCCAGGGCUCAAAGCGCAUCCUGAGGUCUAAUGAAUACAUGCUCCCACCCAGCGGCCUCAUGGAGACAGACCUGGAGCUUACCUUCUCUCUACAGUACCCACACUUUCUGAAGAGAGAUGCCAACCGGCUGCAGAUUAUGCUUCAGAGGAGGAAACGCUAUAAAAACAGAACGAUUCUGGGCUACAAGACGCUAGCGGUUGGAGUCAUUAAUAUGGCUGAGGUGAUGCAGCACCCGACAGAUGGAGGUCAGAUUCUUGGUCUCCAUAGUAAUGUGAAGGAAGCGCCAGUGCGUGCAGCGGAACUGAGCGUGUAUUCACUGUCCAGUCAACCUAUUGAUCCUGAAGAUGGCAGUGGACAGCCAAAGGCCAAAGCUUCAGACCGUUCUCCAGAUAUGGAUAACUAUUCUGAAGAUGAUGACGACAGUUACUCAUCAGAGCAAGAAGCCAGCGAUGAUGCUGUUCAAGGCCAGGACCUUUAUGACGAGGAUGAUGAUGUUCAGCGGAAACCAAAAAAAUCUCGUAGAAAAAUGAUUAGAACCACAUCUAUGACCCGGCAACCCAAUUUCAAGCAGAAGUUUGUUGCUCUCCUGAAACGAUUCAAAGUAUCUGAUGAGGUGUUGGACUCUGACCCGGUGGAUCAGACGCAGGAAGUUGAAGAUCUGGAUCUUUUGUAUGACAGUUUGGAGGUGUAUAACCAGAGCGACAGUGGCCCAGAGAUGGAGGACAACGAGAGUCUUCUCAGCACUCCCAAACCCAAACUCAAGCCGUUCUUCGAGGGAAUGUCUCACUCCAGCUCGCAGACAGAGAUCGGCAGUUUACACAGCCAGAAAAGUCAACCGAGAGAGCAACCCUCUACUGGUGUAGAUCUGUUAACAGUGGAUAAGAACAGAGCACCCAGCGGGCGAUACACAGAUGACCCUACAGUAGUGGACUUUACAGCUGGGGAACCGACGGAGGACGAGGUGGGUGGGGGUGCGGCCACAUGCGACGCUAACAUGAGCUGGGACGUGAGCACUGAGAAAUUAUCGGGAACAGUGGGCAAACUCUGCAAGACUGAAUCGCAGACUCUCAUGUCGCCUAGUAAAACAGACAGCAAAUUGCAGCGUCGUCCACGCAGCACGUCUAUGAAGGACCGACAGAACUCAAAAGCUCAGAGUGAUCGAACCAGCAGCAUCGAGAGCGAAACCUCGCCAGACUCCAGGCUCAUCACACAGGUUUGUGUACCGAGGAAGUCUGUGUACGAUCAGCUCAAUCAGAUCCUGAACUCUGAUGAACAGUUGCCAGAGAGUAUCAUUCUCAUCAACACUACAGACUGGCAAGGACAGUAUUUGAAUGAGACUCUUCAGGAGCACAAGCAGCCCAUUGUGUCCACUGUUUCCCCCGCAGACGUUCAGGCCGCAUUCAACACCAUCGUCACUAGGAUUCAGCGAUUUUGUAACUGUAAUGCCCAGACGCCACCCACCAUUAAAGUCGCCAUUGUGGGCGAUCAGGGUUAUCUCAGCACAAUUCUCCGCUGCUUCGUGGAGCAACUCGCCAACAAGACGCCUGAUUGGUUGAGCUACAUCCGUUUCCUAGUCAUUCCUGUUGGUUGUCAUCCACUGGCCAAAUACAUCUCAACGUUUGACAGUAAGUUCAAUAACAUCUUCAUGGACGCAGGUUGGAGGGACGUGUUUUCGAGGUUAGAGGCGCCCCCUUCAGAUAACAUUGAUGUGGCCGGACGCGUCUCACAGUAUCUGGCCGGAGCAAAUCAGUCUCACCAGUUCCCUAUUUCAGAGGCCAUGCUCACCUAUAAACAGAAAAGGAAGAGAAGUUUGUAUUUUGAUUUUUACAUCAGCCCUGAUGAAGACUCGUGUCAGAAGUUCGUGCCGUUCAUUGGGUUGGUGAAAGUGGGAAUUGUGGAGCACAACUUGUCCACAUCAGUGGACUCUGAUGAUGCAGUAAUGGUGGGCAGUGUGAACAUGCUCUCUUCACCACCAGCACUAACAGGAACACCGUACGGCAAAGACAUGACCUCCACUCCUCCAUCAUCUCCUUCUGUUUCUGCAAGUCUCUCUGGAGCAGGUUCUCCAGGCACAGGUGGUGAGGUGAUGGGUCUCCAGGUAGAUUACUGGACUCUCCAGGGCUCAGAGAAGAAGAAAGAGGGCGAGAAGAGAGACGUGGGCAUUAAAAACACCCUGAAGAGUAACUUCCGCUCGCUGCAGGUGUCCAGAAUUCCCAGUGGAGGAGAAGCAACACCUCCAGGGAUGGCCAUGACCGUCGUCAUGAAGGAGAAGAACAAGAAAGUGAUUUUCCUGAGUAAGAAGCCAAAAGAGAAGGAUGUGGACUCGAAGAGUCAGGUGAUUGACAGCAUCAGCCGACUCAUCUGCACGGCUAAGCACCAGCACACCAUGCUCAAGGUGUCCAUUGAUGGUGUAGAGUGGCACGACGUGAAGUUUUUCCAGCUGGCUGCACAGUGGCCAACUCACGUCAAGCACUUUCCUGUAGGAAUCUUUGGCUACAGCAAGACCCUGUGACCCUCCGAUUCCGGAACCUUCUCUGGCUCAAACUUCACAGAAAGUGGACGACUGCCUGAGAAACAGGGGGUGGUGGUGGGGGGUAAACACACAAAUGGAUUUUCCUGUGGAAAUGGUCAAUUUGGAAGCCUGUGUCAAUGACAGAAAUAUUGUUAGUAAUGUCACUAGUCGUUUUUGUCGCUCUGGCAGUGAAAGAAACAAUGACGUGUUUGAAGCGCUGUCUUUUAUUUUAAGAUAAACACUACAUGUUGUUGUAGAAAUUGUACAGGCAUGUACCGCAGCUUGCGUUUGUACUUUGUUGGGUUAUAGUUAUUAUUUCUGUGAAAUUUUCUGUGUCGAUAUUUGUUCUAUGUACAAUACAACAGGACGGGAUUUAUGAAGGGAGGUCAAUUGAAUUUGUAUUCAAAAGGUUUGUUUGUUUGUUUAUUUGUGUUGGGGGGGUUGUUGUUUAGUGAUGCUGUGUGAGUGAUCUGUAAAUAUGUUCAAGUGGGGUGGGGGUUAUUGCACAGAUGGGAGGGGUUAAAUGCAAAUGGGAGUUGCUAAGUACAAGUGUGAGGAGUUAAGGAACAUGUAAAAGGAAUUUCAUUUGAAUUGUUGAAUGAUUUUAUCAUAGCUAAAAUGGCACAUCCUUUAACUUUUAGCAACAUGCACACUUUUUAGGUUAAGAAAGGUGACUUUUCUGACUAAUGUCACUACCUGGGUAAAUUUCAAAUUUGUUUUGGGAGGAAAACAUAUUUGGACUAUAAUGAGGUGCUUUGGAUGUUGCAUGAAAACUGCAGUAUAUCUGGGUUAAUUCUAAAGGGAGAUCUUGGUUUGUUAAGUGGCAACCAACAUAUAUUAAUUUGAAAAGUGAUAUAUGCUUUGAAAAGCCCUUUAAUUAGUUUUAGCCCUUUUGUGUGGGGAUACAACCAGAUAUUUUCUAUUUUUUUACUCUUCUAUCAUUUUUACCUAUCUCUGAAUCUCUUGUGGUGACCAUGUUGCAAGUUUUCAGAGUGAUUUUGGAAUGCUGUGGAUGUGAUAAAUACAGGGUCCAGUUACUGCAGGCCAAAGGGGUUUAUAGCGUGGGAAAAUUUAGGAUGACAACAGGACAUCCUGUGCAACUUUUAGUCCGUUUACAAAUAUCGCCUGUGUAAAAAUUGAGGGAGGAAGUUUAAAAUAGCAGCUUUAUCUGUGGUUGUAUCUGUGUGUUUGAUUGUUUGUGUGUUUAUGAAUGAAAGAGUUCGUUUAUUUGCGACAGUUUGAGGUCUUCAGUAUUAAUUUUGAAUGGUUUGGGUUCACAUAAAUAUGAAAAUUCUGUCAUCAUGUACUCACCUUUGUGUCAUUCUAAACCUGUAUGAUUUACUAAAUGGUGACAGAAUUUUUAUUUUUUUUUUAUUUUAUUUUAUUCAUUUCAUGCAAGUGAAAAAUGUGAUAUGGUUACAUUUCUGGGAAGAGUGGAUUGUUUUGUUUUUUUUUUAUGUCUGAGUAGAACUGUUACUAUUCUUUUCAUUAUAUGACAUAACUUUUUUUUUUCACUGAUUUUGUGAUUUUUGUUUUUUCUUAGAUUGAGGUGGGCUGCUGAGGUUUGUUCAAGCAUUUUGGGCCAUCUUAGGUUGUUUUUUAAGCACUACUUUUUAGGGCAAUGCGAGAUGUUUUCCUCUAAUUUAAAAACGUAUAUUUGACUUGUCUGUUCUAAAUAGAAAUGCAGACAUUUGCACAAAUCUUAUUUCUAAGUUUGACAGUAUUGAUUCUGAUUGAACCAUUUGAGGAAAGCUUGUCUUCUUUGAUGCUCUGUAAUGUGUGUACAUAAACGUAUACUGCCAUUUCAUAUCUUUAUACUGGUUUUAAUUGUCAUACAAAUACUAAAAUGAUUUUAACCAUGGGUGCAUUGUGAUUUUUUUAACAUUCACUGGCACUGUUUGUUUUUCUAUCUUUCUUUUUAAAGGAGUUGAUCUAUUUUAUAGACUUAUUUUCAGACAUGUAAAUGAGCAUGAGAAAGUCAAAAAAGUUGAGUGCAUAGACAAAUCUUUUCUUUUCAGUAUUAGAUAAAUACUUCUCUGAGAACUGUUCAAAUAAAUUACAAAUAAUAAAAAUACUUUUGUGUUUGCCGC